AUGAAUAAAUUCAAUAUUUCAGCUACAUCAAUAAAUUUUAGAAAGUAGAAAACUACAAACAAUCAAACCAAAAUCGAUUCAUCAACAUCCGUCAGUCAAAACAGCUCUACGAUAUAAAGAAAGGAUGAUAAAAACUUGCAAUCACACACAGAAAGAACAAAGAUUAACUCCAUAAGCAGAGAGAAAAUUUAAGGAAACAAAAAGUAACAAUAACUAAAUUUUAUUUUAGUUUAGCUCUUUUAUUAAAUCUAAAGUAAAUAAUUCUAGUGUAGAUAAAAUUUUAAAUAACUAAAGAACAUUAUCAUCAAUAUCUCGUUAAUCGAAUAGCAGUCCAACCUCGAAGAGAACAGCUUCAAAAAAUAAGUUAUCUGUCACCCCUUAAAGAGAUAAGUCAAAAUAGAAAACUGUAUAAGAAUAAAAAAAGCAGUUAUUAUCUUAAACAUCAAGAUAACAAUAAUAACAAUAGUAAUAACAAUAACAGUAAUAAUAACAAUAAUAAUAACAAUAAUAACAAUAUUAAUAAUAAUCUAAAAAUACAGAUAGACAACAUACUCCAAAAUCAACAAGCAAAUAAAUGUUUACAUCUCCAAAUGUAAAACCACUUUCUGGUAAUGUAAUAAAUAAAAUGAAACCAAACUUUGAGAAGGGAAAGUCUUUACCUUUUAAAAAAGAGAGUGCCCCUGUAAAACUAAUUUCUUAAAAUACUAAUUUGGGAUAUACUACUUAGAAGUCAAGUAGAUAACCAAAUAAAAAUUUGAGUUAAAAUAAGGAAACACCUGUUCAUUAUGAAGAAUUCACACUACAAGCAUCAUAAACUAAGAAUGUUUAAACCGAGGCAUUAUCUGUAAUUUUUAGGUUUAUUAAUUUAGUGUAUAGCGAGACCAAUAUUUGAAGGGUCAAAAUAUUAUUAAUCAUCAUUAAUUCAUUUUCAUUAUGAACAAAUAAAACAAAAACAGUCCUCAUAUAACUAUUAUUUUCAGUUACACUACCCAACUGAAAUUCUGAAGGAAUAUUUUAAAGAACUAUUUCAAGAGCAUUUUUCAUAAAAUUAUAACUGUCUGUAAUAUUGCAAGAAAUAUACCUAAAAUAUACAAAAGAAUAAAAAGUAUGAAUUUCUACCUGGUUAAUCCCAAGAGACUAAAACCCUAGUGUUUGAUUUGGAUGAAACUUUAAUUCAUUGUAAUGAUAAUAAUAAUGAUCCAACUGAUCAUGAAAUAUAGAUAUAAUUGCCAAAUGAAGAGACAGUUGAAGUACUUAAGUUUAUGAAAUUUAGGCUAGAAUUAAUAUAAGACCCUAUUGUUAAUCAAUGUUAAAACUAUUGUCCAGCCAUUUUGAAUUAAUGUUAUUUACAGCCUCCUAUUAAUAUUAUGCAGACAGAGUACUUAAAUUGAUCGAUCCUGAUGGAACGAUAUUUCAAUAUAGGUUUUAUAGGGACAGUUGUGUAGAAGUUGAGGAGGGACUUUUUGUUAAAGAUUUGAGGAUAAUUGGGAAUAGAAAAUUAGAAGUAAGAUUAGUACUAUAUCUAGAAUAUUUUGCUAGUUGAUAACGCAUCUUAUUCUUAUUGUUAUUAAUUAGAUAAUGGAGUGCCUAUAAUUCCAUUUUAUGAUAAUAAAUAUGAUAUGGAAUUGUUAUUUUUGACCGACUAUUUAAUUAGCCUGAAGAAAUGUGAACAAUGGACUAAGUAAAACAGAAUGCAUUUCCGAACUUAUUUUUAUUAGAUUUGCCCUAGUAUAGAAGAAUGCUUGAAAGAGUUAUUUCAAGCGCAUGAUAUUGUUUAGGAUUGA